AUGUUCCAUGGCACGCCCGAGACGAACAACCUAUGCUCAGGUUGCUUUCGGGCAGCCAAUCCGUCGGGGGCGGUGGUGGCUGGUGCGCAAAAGGCCGAGCGGGCCACGCAGCUGUCUGCGUGGACCGCAGCUGUGAAGACGGCAAUGGCGGGCGGGUCGGAAAGCGGUGUGCGUGCGGCACUGCAGAGCGAGGAGGUGGCGUGGAUGGACGAUGCCGAGCGGGAGCGGAGGCUCAAGCGGUUGGUGAGCGAGGCGGUGAGGAACGGCGAGGCAACGCAGCUGCGGGCGGCGCUCGAGGGCGGCAUGCCGGCGACGCCGGGACUGAUUGCCGCGGUCCGGCUGCGCAGCGCUCGGCCAGAGUCAAUUCAGGCCGUCUUUGAGACGCUUCUGGAGCUUGUGCCUGGAGCUGGCGAGGCGCUGUCGAUGGACGAUGCGAUUGAGGUGCUGUAUCGGGGCGGCGACGUGUUUGCGGAAGAGCUCAUCCUCAGCAUGGUGACCGACGAGCGAUUGGUCCACGUCAAACUCACGGACAAGUUCAUCAAGGCGGCGCGGUACGCCAACUCGCGGACCAACGGCGGGCCGUUUGCCUCGAUGACUGCAUUCAUCAAGAAGCUGGAGGAGAUGAGGCGGGUGCAGCGGCGCGAAAAGGCGGCGGCGGCCAAGCGGGCGCGCGAGGCUGCGACCGCAGACGACGCCGAGCUCUCGCGCGCGACCAAGCGGGCCAGACACCUUGGGACCAAGGCUGGGGAUGAUGAAGCCGGCGCAAGCACGUCAGGCAGCACAUGCACUGAGGUUGCGACGGUGCCGGGCAUGGGCUCGGCGAUGCCGCUGACGAACACCGGGCGCUUUGCUAGCCGCAUCUACAGCUGCGGCCUCGUACUCGAUCCGGCGACCGCGAGCCACGAGGGGCACGGAGAUUGCAGCACCGACCCCAAUCUCGAGCUGGCGACCAAGGUCACCAAGCAGCUCCAAUCGUGGAUGUUCCGGGCCGAGGGGGCACGGGCGUUUAUUGUGCGGCCCGAGACGCUGGCUGAGGCCGGAGCCGACCUGGGCGCGGACGAUCUGGGCCUCUCUGCGCUGCUUGGCGCGGAUCUGGACAUGUGCCAGCUUCACACGCUCAAGCUCAAAGACUCGCGGAAGACGUUCUUUCACAAGCGGCACUACUUUGACUAUCGAAUCGACAGCAAGCGGCUUGCCAAGACCAAGGCCGCGACGAAUCUGAUUAAGCGGCUGUGCGUGAAGAACUCGUGCGUCUUUGUCCAGUACGGCCACGAGGCGACGGCGACGUUUGACCCUGUGGUCUGGAUUGUGGGCGUGGUCAAGGAUCGCCAGGGUUCAGAGGUGAACGGCGGGCUCGCUUGCGUGGCGUGGGAUGACGAGCAUCAGGACCACUACCACCACGGAUCGAUGUAG